AUGGAUCGCAAACACCUACCCCGGAUGGUGAGUUUCACGACCGCCGGUUGCCUUGACAAUGACGUUGCUGAACUUCCCAGCGGUUCAGAUGUGCCAAUUCAUCUUUACUCCUUCAGCUUCAAUUUGAAUCCGAACUGGACACAGGCUUUGGCUGAUCAAGAGGACAUACUGGAGUACAUUGAGUCAACAGUUGAUAAGUUCCACUUGCGCAAACACUUUUGUUUUAGUAUCGAAUGUCUAGGCGCCGAGUGGAUUCAGGGUGCUUGGAAGGUCAGGUUCCGCGACGUCAACUCGGGCCAGCAGUUCACGGAACAAUGUGAUAUAUUGCUGUCGGCCGUGGGAGGGUUCGCCGUUCCGCGAGAGGCUCGAUUCUCAAGCCUCAGCAAGUUCAAAGGACACAUUAUUCACACAGCUGAAUGGAACCACUCAUUCGAUUACACCAACAAACGGAUCGCUGUCAUCGGCAACGGUUGUAGUGCCGCACAGGUGGUGCCGGCCAUUGCCCCUUCCGUCAAGAAGAUCACGCAAUAUGCUCGCAGUCCUCAAUGGUAUCAUCCACGGCCAAAUAAACUUUUCACACCAUGGGAGAAGUUCUGUUUCAAGUACAUCCCUUUGUGGCAGCGAUGGCAUCGUUUAGACCUCUUCCUCAAGACGAAUCAGCUCGCCUCCGUCUACGGUUCAAACGCAAGCCAGGUCAGUGCAAGGCUGCAACUGGAAGAUGAGGCAAGGCGGUCUAUCCUCAGUGAGGCGCCAGAGAGGUAUCAUGACUUCAUUGUACCCAAGUUCCCGCUGGGUUGCAAGCGACGUAUUUACGACCCGGGCUAUUUGGCGUCUCUCCGCCGCGACAAUGUGGAACUUCUAGCACAGGGUAAACGAGAAUUCACAGAGACAGGCCUCGUUAGCGAAGAUGGUGUCGCCGAGGACUUCGAUGCCGUGUCUCUGCAUGAGCAGUGGGAAGAACAUCGUGGAGCUCAGGCUUACAUGGGCACUUUUGUGCACAACCACCCCAACUUUGCUAUCCUCUUCGGCCCGAAUACAUUUCCAGCCUUCAAUUCUGUCAUAUACUCAAUUGAGGUGCAAGUGGAUUACAUUGCCAAUGUUCUAAUGAAGCCUAUCAUCGACGGGUACGCUUCGACAAUUGAAGUCAGUUCGGAGGCUGAGGAGACCUUCGUCAGAGAUCUUGAUAGUGUCUUGGCCGAGACCGUUUUCGUUGCAGGGUGUAGCAAUUGGUACAUCAACUCUGCUGGUCGCAAUUCGGCAGCCUGGCCUGGCCUAGCCGCCACGUUCUGGAAAGCACCUUACUUCCCGAGGUGGGCCGACUUUUCCAUGACAGGGGGCUCCGUAUUUUGGCCAGUGCGGAAGCUGGGAAGACAUGUUCUGGCGUCCACGACUCUGCUUAGCACUGUCAUACUUGGUGCAGUUGCAGGCAAAGCAUUCGCAACCAUGGAAUCCCUGCCUCAGCCACUACGGUCUCUGAUUAGCCAAGUCAAGGGAUAG